CAUCUCGUAUUCACUGCCCUACAUUUCACACUAGGCAGGCUUUCGAUAAGCUUAGGAUGAUGAGCACGGUCUGUGAUCCUCGCCUCGGGAGCCAUGGAGCCAUUCCGUGGGUUGCCGUCGCGCAUCCAUCCCAUUCCUUCAAACCUUCACGACUUUUCGACACCAGCCUUCCGGUAAGUGAGACUAGGUCGAUAAUUCUCCGAUCAAGGGGUCGACACACAAUGUCACUCGAACCCCACUUCAUCCACUGACUAAGGCCCUGCGCUGCUCCUCUCAAUGGGCUUCUGCUUGCUCACCUCCCUUCGCUUCCUGCAUCAUGAGUCUCGCUGCGCGGGCAACGGGCGCCCCCGCACCCUACACUGUUCCUCCCUCGGGCAAGUUCGACGGCGCUGAUGGCAGCUGGAGCACGUUCAAAGUCAGUGUUGGGUCGCCCGGCCAGGAUUUCCGUCUAAUACCGAGCACCAAAGCAGGCGUCACGUAUGUAAUUGCUCCAGAGGGUUGCUUGGCUGGAGUCGACCCCUCAAACUGUCCCCAGCUUCGCGGAAUCGAAAUCUUCAACAGUGCGCAAAACACCGGCUUUCAUGUCAACGUGUCGUCAACAUGGUCAGCGAUAGGGCAGUUCGAAGUCGAUCUGGAGGAGGGCCUCAACUACACCGGACGAGGCCUGUUCGGAACUGAUGUUGUGUCCCUGGGAGCUGCUGCCGAUCAUGGCUCGUCUCUAUCCCUCAAAGGUUCCAUCGUCUCUGCUAUAGCGGAUCCUGACUAUUAUCUGGGAAUGCUUGGGCUUGGUCAGGUCAAAUCCAGCUUCAACAGCCAAAGUCAACCGGUCGAUUCGACGCUCUACCAACUACGCGAGAACAAACAAAUACCCAGUUUUUCCUACGCGUAUACGGCAGGCGCAAAGUACCGAUUAAAGUCUGUUCUGGGAAGUCUAAUUCUUGGAGGCUACGAUACGACACGAUUCGACACCGUCACCGACAACCUGUCUUUUACAUUUUCCCAGGACUCUUCUCGGCUUCUGACCGUCGGUGUCAACUCAAUAAUGGCCACCAACACGCUACAAGGGACUUAUUCUCUCACUUCUGGCGCACAUUUUUCCGUCAUCGAUUCAACUGUGCCACAUUUGUGGUUGCCCGAGAGCGUUUGCGCUGAAUUCGAAACCGCCUUUGGGCUUACUUAUGAUCCUCAAACAGACCUUUAUCUUGUUAAUGAUACUAUCCACGAACAACUGGUCUCGAAGAACCCGACACUCACCAUUAAGCUUACCAAUUCGCUGGACGGUGCGACCAACAACUACACUAAUAUCCAGUUGCCAUAUGCUGCGUUCGAUCUGCAAGCUUCGUAUCCCUUCUACCAAAACGCCACAAACUACUUCCCGAUCCGCCGCGCCGCGAAUGAAUCGCAGUAUGUACUUGGCCGAACAUUGCUACAAGAAGCAUACUUGAUUGUCGAUUAUGAGCGGGCAAACUUUACGGUUGCGCAAGCAGUAUUUCCCGACCCCCUACCUCCUGCAGAAGUCAUUACAAUCGUUUCACCAAGCGACUUACCAGCAACCCAACCCUCGUCGUCAGAUCUCAGUACCGGUGUAAUUGUCGGAAUAGCAAUCGGAGCAGUCGCAGGUAUCGUUAUCGCCAUCUUAGCAUUCUUCUUCUGUUUCCGUAAACGACGCGGCAAGAAGCAGGCACAGAACAAUCAACAAUACGAAUUGGCAGGCAAAAACAUAUCCGAAAUCGAAUCUGGAAACAACAUGUCUUCAAGUAUCUUACCACUCAAAGAUACAGGCCCACAAGAACUCAACAGUACGCCAUUGAUAGAGCUCGCAUCUCCUGCCAACGACCAUACAGUCGGGCAUGCCUACCCACAAGAUCAAAAAACAGUCGUUCAAGUAACGGACGAACCACAAGAGCUGCAUGGCGAGUCGAUGAUACCAAUAACACCCAAAUGGCAGGAGGUAGAAGCACCGCCGCCGACUUACCACCACGAUACGGAUGGAGAAAGUAGCACCAUCCAAGGUGUGAGCACGAUGCUGAGUGACAGCACAGUUACACCCAGCGAUUCGAACUCACAAGUUUUAGUUUCACCACUUACGCCUCGGAUUCCUCAGUACAGAUAUUAAUGAUUGGGUUGGCAUUUUGUUGAGCAUACAAUUGGCGUUUGGGUGUGUCAUGUUUUUUUGAGAUACCACUUACAUGUAGAAAAGGGCGGGGUUGUAUGCAUUUCUGGCAAGAGUGUAGAGUUAGUAAUAUCCUAUUUCUAUGCCUCCAAACGGAGGGUGAAUCGGCAUUC